CUAGCAUUCCAUUGAAAGAGCGUCUAUGUGAACCAUUCGUGGGCAAGUUCGAAACCUCUUUCUGUUUCUCAAUUUUUUCAGUUACAUUAUCGAACCCUGAACCCAUUUUGACGAUCUCUUUGAGAGUCCGUUUAGUCGGACAAAAUGCAGCUUAAGCACAUGAAGACACUGCUCCCUCCUAUGGAUGGAGCAGCAAAGAUUUGUGCAAUCGCAUUUUCACCAAACAAUCAUAAGUUGGCAGUGUGCACCUCUGACAGGGUCAUUGUACUGUUUGAUGAACAAGGAGAAAAACGAGACAAGUUUUCACUCAAGCCAGCAGAUUCCAAGUAUGGGAAAAAAAGCUACACAGUCAAAGGCCUGGCCUUCUCCAGUGAUUCCACCAAAAUUGCCGUGGGACAGACUGACAACAUUAUCUAUGUCUACAAAAUCGGAGAUGACUGGUCCGAGAAGAAGGUGAUCUGCAAUAAAUUUGUGCAGCAAAGUGCGGUCACUUGCCUAGUUUGGCCACCAGACCAACCCAUUGUCUAUGGUCUGGCUGAUGGAAAGGUGCGUUCUGCAAACACCAGGACCAACAAGUCAACCACUAUCUAUGCCACAGAGUCCUAUGUCGUCUCCCUGGCGUGCAACCCUUCAGGCAAAGGUAUCCUGUCAGGUCACGCAGAUGGCUCAAUCAUCCGCUAUUUCUUCGACGACGAGGGCUCGGGCGACACACAGGGAAAGAUUUCCACCCACCCAUCACCCCCCUACGCACUGGCAUUCUCUCAGAACGCCAUUGUAGCAGCAGGUUGUGAUAAACGCAUCAUCGCGUACGGCCGAGACGGGAGGAGCUUCCAGCACUUUGAUUACAGUCGGGAGGAUGACGAGCAUGAGAUCACAGUGGCCGUCUGCUCUCCCAGUGGACAGAAUGUGGUGCUCGGCAGUUUUGACAAGUUGCGGGUUUUGAACUGGAGCCCCCGACGUCAGAUGUGGGAGGAGCCUAAACUGAAGGAGAUCCACAACCUGUACACGGUCACUGCAUUGGCGUGGAAAAAAGAUGGCUCCCGGGUUAUUGCGGGUACGCUGUGCGGAGGUCUGGAGAUGUUUGACUGUUGCCUCAAGAGGACGCUGUACAAGAACAAGUUUGAGAUCACCCACGUGGGAGUCAGUCAGGCCAUUGUGAAGAACCUGUCUAACAACACCAAGGUGAUGCUCAAGUCCCACUACGGCUACGAGAUCGACGAGGUUCGCAUCAUGGGCCGGGACCGCUACCUCGUGGCUCACACCUCGGACACCCUGCUCCUCGGGGACAUGCUCUCCUCCAGGCUGAGUGAGGUCCCGUGGCAGGGCUCCGGUACUGAGAAGUACUACUUUGACAACGAGAAUGUGUGCAUGAUCUUCAAUGCUGGGGAGUUGGCGCUCAUCGAGUACGGCGCUAAUGAGGUGCUGGGCUGCGUGAGGACAGAGUUCAUGAACCCACAUCUCAUCAGUGUGCGUCUGAAUGAACGUAAACAGAAAGGAGUUCAGGACAACAAGAAGAUGGCUUACCUCAUCGACCUGAAGACUGUGGCCAUGAUCGAUUUACUCUCAGGUCAGAACAUUGCUCAAGUCAGUCAUGACAACAGGAUAGACUGGCUGGAGCUCAAUGAGACAGGACACAAGCUGCUGUUCAGAGACAACAAACUCAAGCUGCACCUGUAUGACAUAGAGAGUCAACAAAAGAGCAGCAUACUCAACUACUGCUCCUAUGUACAGUGGGUCCCAGGCAGCGAUGUGGUUGUGGCUCAGAACCGCGGCAACUUGUGCGUGUGGUACAACAUCGAGGCACCAGAGAGGGUCACUAUGGUGUCCAUCAAGGGUGAUAUCUUGGACCUGGAGCGUAAAGAUGGCAAGACAGACGUACUGGUCAACGAAGGCGUUAACACGGUGGCCUACACACUGGAUGAGGGACUCAUUGAGUUUGGCACAGCUAUAGAUGAUGGAGACUACUUCAGAGCGGUGAUGUUUCUGGAGACCCUGGAGAUGUCCGCCGAGACGGAGGCCAUGUGGAAGACGCUAAGCAAAGUGGCACUGGAGGAGAAACAGCUACACAUUGCUGAAAGAUGUUACUCUGCACUGGGCAACAUAGCCAAGGCUCGCUACCUGAAGGAGACACUCAGACUGGCAGAGGAGGUGGCCAAACAGACAGGUGGUGAUGGUUACCAACACUACAAAGUCCGGGCUCGACUCGCAAUAUCGGACAAGAAGUUCAAAGAAGCUGAAUACAUCUACCUAGAGGGGAACCAUGUGAACGAAGCCAUUGAGAUGUACCAGGAGAUGCAUAUGUGGGAUGAUGCCAUCGAAGUGGCAGAUGCCAAGAGCCACCCGGAGCUGGACACUCUCAAGAAGAACUACAACCAGUGGCUGAUGGAGACAGGGCAAGAGGAGGCUGCUGGAGAGCUGAAGGAACGUGAAGGCGACUACAUGGCAGCCAUCAACCUUUACAUGAAGGCCGGACUUCCUGCCAGGGCUGCCAGGUUGGCUGCGAGUAGAGAGGAGCUCAUGUCUAACUCAGACCUCAUCUCUCGCAUUGCUGGUGCCCUCAUCAAGUCCGAGCUCUAUGACCGGGCUGGGGACCUGUAUGAGAAGAUCCGGGACUACCAGAGAGCCAUGGAGUGCUUCAAGAAAGGAAAAGACUUCAGGAGAGCUGUGGACCUGGCACGUCAUGCCUUCCCCUCAGAGGUGGUCAAACUGGAGGAAGAGUUUGGUGACCACCUGGUGUCCCAGAAACAACUGGACGCUGCCAUCAACCACUUCAUAGAGGCCGGAGCGACGACCAAAGCCGUGGAGGCAGCUAUCAGCUCACGCCAGUGGGCCAAGGCUGUACAGAUCCUGGAGAUUCAGGACUCGUCAAUGGCCGCCAAAUACUACAAGAAGAUUGGAGACCACUACGGCUCUAUUGGGGAGUAUGAGAGUGCUGAGAGGUUCUAUGUGGAGGCAGGCUGUACCCGUGAGGCUGUGGACAUGUACAACCAGGCCGGCAUGUGGGAGCAGGCACACAAGCUUGCAGCCACCUACAUGAAGGGAGAGGAUGUCUCAAACCUGUACAUUGCUCAGGCCCAACAGCUGGAGGACCAGGGCAAGUUCAAGGAAGCUGAGAGGUUGUACGUGGCAGUGGAAGAACCGGAUCUGGCUAUCACUAUGUACAAGAAGCAGCGAAUGUACGGGGACAUGAUCCGACUGGUCAAGACACACCACGAGAACUUGCUGACCGACACACACCUACACCUGGCCAAGGAGUUGGAGGGAGAGAACAACUUCCGUCAAGCAGAACAUCACUACGUGGAAGCCGGCGACUGGAAGGCUGCUGUCAAUAUGUACCGUGCUCAAGAUAUGUGGGAUGAGGCUUAUAGGGUGGCCAAGGCUCAGGGCGGUGCCACAGCGGCCAAACCCGUGGCGUACCUGUGGGCCAAGAACCUGGGAGGAGACUCGGCAGUCAAACUGCUCAACAAGUUCGGUCUGCUGGACGCAGCCGUCGACUAUGCUGCGGAGAACUGUGCAUUUGACUUUGCCUUUGAGCUGUGCACAAUCGCAAUGAAGGAGAAGCUGCCGGACGUGCACCUGAAACACGCUAUGUUCCUGGAGGAUGAGGGCAAGUUCCCCGAGGCAGAGCAGGAGUUUGUCAAAGCACAGAGACCCAAGGAGGCAGUGCUCAUGUACGUGCACAACCAGGACUGGGACUCUGCCCAGCGUGUGGCGGAGGCCCACGACCCUGACUCUGUGGCCGAUGUGUUGGUGGGCCAGGCCCGCUUCGCUUUUGAGGAGAAGGAUUACACCAAGGCUGAGUCCUAUCUGUUGAGGGCUCAGAGGCCUGAGCUGGCCAUUAAGUUCUACAAGGACUCUGGCAUGUGGCAGGACGCGCUGCGUGUGUGUAAGGAAUACCUCCCUCACAAGCUGCAGCAGUUGCAGGAUGAGUACGACCGGGAAGCUACCUCCAACGCCGGAGGUGGAGGCGCCGGGGGAAGUGGUGCGGAGGCCAUCGUGCGACAGGCGCGGGAGUGGGAGGCGUCCGGCGAGCACCAGCGGGCCGUGGAGUGUUAUCUCAAGGUCACACCUGACAUGGUCCCGGAUGUGAAGAUUGUGGAGAAAUGCCUCAUGAAGGCAGGCGACAUUGCCAUCAAGUUCCUGGAUAACCAGAAGGCUCAGACAGUGGUGGAGAUGGUGGGGCCAAAACUGGCGGACAUACGCUGUCACUCUACGGCAGCUGAGCUGUACCUGAGCAUGGACAUGGUGAAGGAAGGUAUUGACAUGCUCAUCUCAGCCGGUGACUGGAACAAGGCCAAGAAAGUGGCCAAGGAGAUGGAUCCCAGGUAUGAGGGUUACGUGGAUGAGAAGUAUAAGGACUUCUGCAGAGACCAAGGGAAAGCUGAAGAUCUGGCCAGCGUAGAUGUGAUCGGAGCCCUGGACCUGUUUGCUGAGAAAGGGGAGUGGGACAAAUGUUUGCAGACUGCUGAACAGCAGAACCCCAAGGUCCUGCACAAGUACGUUGCCCUGUAUGCCACUCACCUGAUCAAGAACAACAACUCUAUGGCUGCCAUGGGACUCUACGCCAAGUAUGGAACCCCAGCCAACCCUCAGAACUACAACAUCUACAAGAGAAUUUUUACCGACAUGAUCGCCAAGCGGGACCUAAGCAAACCUGAGGCAUAUCAGUCAUGGGCAGAGUUGCGGGACAUGAUGUACGACCUGAAUGAAAACAUGGCCAAGUCGUCUGAGGCACGGUCGCCCCAGCAUGAGGAGUUUGAGCGCAUGUUGCUGAUCGCCCACUACUACGCCGUACGCUCCGCGGCUCUGGGUCAGAAGUCGCUGGAAAGUGUUGCCGGCAAGUUGAGUGUGUCGCUGCUACGUCACACUGACGUCGUGCCAGCUGACAAGGCCUUCUACGAGGCCGGCAUGACGUGUAAGACUCUAGGCUGGGAAAACAUGGCCUUUGUCUUCCUCAACCGCUACUUGGACAUCAGUGAGGCGAUGGAGGAAGGCACACUGGACAUGCUUGACCACAGCGACUUCCAGGAGACAGAUAUCCCCUUUGAGAUCCCUCUGCCGGACAAAGCUUUUCUCACGAGCCAGCAACACGAGGAGGUUAGGGAGUGGGUAUUGGCCGUCUCCAUGGAUAGACAGAUUGAACAAAUCCUUCCCAAAGAUGAACGAGGCACAUAUGAAGCCUCUCUGCUGGCUACAGAUACCGGGAUCCGAUCCAUGCCAUGUGUAGUCACAGGUUACCCAGUGCUGAGGAACAAGGUAGACUUCAAGGACCCAAACCGUGCUGCCUGCAAGGAGGACUGGAACAAAUUGCUUAUGGCUACUAAAGUGUCCCACAGUCCAGAGCUGCAAGAUGUUCUCAAGUUUAUCGGCCAAUGGUGUGGGACCACACCCAACCCCAGCUUCUCUUUCCAGUAGUACACACUUGCCAAUCCACAUAUGCACGCAACACACAUGCACACAUGCACACACACACACACACACAUGUACAUAAACACAUACCACACGCUGAUGCACUCAUGUCCUCCCACGGACAGACUCAAGCAUUUGUUGACUUUCCCUUCUUCUGUUUCUCUCUCUCUCUCUCUCUCUCUCUCUCUCACACACACACACACACACACACACACACACACACACACACACAUGUGUUGUACUUGUACUCGCUGCCCUCCUGUGAUAUUUAUUUCCGUCCUCUCAGCUUGUUGUUCAACAACAAAAUGUCAUCCUGUUUUUCUCACUCCAAUCUGAGCCCAUUCAGUUUUGUGGGAUAAGAUUAUUUUAUGUUUAUGUGAUCAAAUUAUGAAAAUAUAUUAUUAGAAUAAGAAGGAAGUUUAUUAUUAUUUUAUAAUGAAGUUAGUGAUAACCCCCUCCCUACCCCUUGUCCAAGUAUGACUGCAAAGUUAGACCCACUCCACCCUGUUUUAGUUUAAAUUUUAGGAAUUUUAUUACAUUUACAGCACAAUAGGUCUUAUAAGUGCCAACUAAAUUGUAGGGUAAGGGUUAUAGAGAGGGUAGGGGUUGUGUAUCCAGGGUUUUCGCUGUAAAAUGUUGCUUUUUUAAAAAUGGUUUACAAUUAUUAAUCUAGUAAUAAAAUAAAAGGGUUAUAUUAUAUGAGGGAAGAUCUGGGGGUUUUGGUAGGCUCAUUACACAGGCUAUAUUAUCUCAUGGUUACAGUUUUAACUCAUGUCUGUCUGUACAUGGACAGUGUUUCUCACCUUUCAGAGGUUUUCUCUGACUGGUAGUUGUCUGUGUCCACUCAUUCUUGGCUUGACCGUUGGAUCUGGAGUUGACUGUAGGACUAUGACGACUAUUACCAUUCCACCCUGCAUUGGGGAAAUAAAAUUAUGAAAACUGAAAA